ACACCGCACCGAAAACCGCGGAGACACGGGCCAGCGCGAGCGUGCGAGAGCGUGCAGCAGCAAAAUUAUUUCGGCAACAUUUUUUGGGCACCACAAGCAGCAGUUUCGGUUAAGUUUCGGUGCAAUUGAUCAACGAUAAAAAACGUGGAAAAAAAACAAAAACAAAAACACGAGUGAAAUUCACCACAAAAGUGUAACCUUUCGUUCGGAAGCAUUUAAACGGCGCGUCAGCAACCGGCCCCGCUCGUGGAGAAGUAAAAAUACGCUAAAGCUUAAAAUAAAAUCGAAGAAAAAACGACGCCACAAAGCCCACCGGUGGCUGCCGAGUUAGUGUCGCGAACGGGUGCGUUUGGAAGGCGAGGGGUGGCGGUAAUUUGACACCCAGGGGGCAACAAACCGGCCCCGCUGCAAGUGCGCACAAACCCAACCCGGCCAGCGUUGUACCACCGUUUGGAAAUUGUGUUUAGUUCGAAAUUGUCCAUUUUUUAAACCCUUCGUGCGCGAGGGUGUAAUUAUUUUCUAACCAGCCAGCAGAGAGAGAGAGAUAGCAAGAUAACAAGCUCUAAACUUCACUUUCACCAAGCCAGCAAGCAGAAGUCAGCAAACAGCAAGAAGAUACAAACAAACACAACAAACAAAAAUCCAAUCCAAUAAAACACACAGUCUUAAUAACGCGAAACAUCAAGCACAUCAAGACUUGCCGCGUCGUCUACGGAUGAGCAGGCUGGAAGUACGGACGCGCUACACAGCCACGCACGACAGCAAUGCAUCAGGGGCACCAGCACCAGCGAGUGCACAGUGCAAUCGGGAGCUGCAGCGGACUGGUACACCGGCAAGGAUGCAACAGCGAUCGGCAGUAGUGCAAAGCGGCAGGCAGCAGCAUCAUCUCAUGCCUUCCGGUCGGUUGUAACCGCAGCAAACAAAAAAAAGGCAAAACGGCCCUCACGGAGCACCAUGCCAAGGGCAACGUGUAGUGAGCGUUUAGUGUAAAGCGCAGUGCAGUGAACAACCUCCCCUCCAAACCCGCAUCCUCACACCAGCUUUCUUUCCCAUUUUUUGGCGGAUCCACCUCUUUUGGCGUGAUUUUGGGCAUAACAACGUAAGAUAAAAAUUCAAAAGUUUUGAGUGGAGAAAAAAAGCAUACGAAAGUAAAUUGUAAAGAGCAAAUAUAAAUAUAUAAAUAAAGAUAAAACGUGCAGCAAGUGUAAAAGUGUAACAUAACAAAAGAGGGGAAAAUUAAGAACAAAGUGGCUAAAACGAGUGUGACAAAAGAGAAAGAGAUAAAAAAAACGUGAACAAACAACAUAACGAAACAAACAACAAACAACACAUGUAGAAGGCAUCAAAGCGCAUUUAUGGCAUUUGCAUUUUACUCAAAAUUAACACUUUCGGCUGAAUAAAAAAAAAUCGAUACCAAUACCCUCAACAUACUUCCCUCCCCCCCGUUCAACCCUCUACGUUCGUGUGCGAGUGCGUGAGUGAAUCAACAACAAGGCAGAAAAAUCCUUCGAAAAUCCAAGUGUGUCUGUGUGUGUUGUUGUUCUAUACCGUUUGGCAUUGGUGGUGAAAGUUUUGGUUCUAUAUUCUGGCAAACCAACACACACACAGCAACAAAAAACAACUGUAAAAUUCCAAAUCAAGUCCAAAACGCCACACACGCACUGAAAAUUUUGGGCCACGCAAAACUACCCCACCCUUUCGGAGCGUUCCAUUUUUCGGUUUGGUACGUCGCGUAGUUUUUUUGUUUCUCCGUUUUUCGGUUUUACCGUGUGGCAAACGGGGCUACACGGGCGCGGCGUGCAGUGUAAGUGCGGAGUAGGCAGUAAGUGCAACCCCUGCGUACGUACGCGUCAGUGAGUGAGUGAGUGUGUGCGUGCGUGCAAUUGUGCGUGAGUGUGCGUCGCUAGUGCGCGCGCGAGUUUUCCGCGGUGCGUUUUGUUUGCGCAAUCGGAAGUGCCGGUGGAAAGUUGGAAGCGCCAAACGCAAGCGAUCCUUUUUCGACAAGAAGGGAAAAAGGAAAGUAAGGCAGAAAAGUUGGGCAGAAAAGGGCACCCCAGCAAACACUCCGCAGAAACACGGCCACAGACAGUCGCGCGAGAUUACAACAAUCGACGGAAAAAGAUCUCAUCGACGAGUGGUGGUGCCGUCGCCCCAUUGCUGGAGCUGUGAAAGACCAUCGUCCACGGCCACAACGGGAUUAAAGCAACUCGACAACAACAACAUUGUGCAUUUAGAGCAGCAAGAGCCAGUUGCAAAGACGGCGCAAUAAAGUAGCGUCCCCUUCCGCGAGCGCGGAACCCGCACCGUUUUACAACCAACCAACACACUGUACGCUGAACGGAAAGGAAACACGGCACCAACAUGGAUCAGCAACAGUACUGCCUCAAGUGGAGCAACUAUUCAUCCAACCUGGCGGCGGCCUUUUCGAACCUGUUCGAUUCCGCCACCCUCACAGACGUCACGUUGGUUUGUGGAGGAACCGUAUUCAACGCUCACAAGGUCAUACUAGCGGCAUGUUCGAAAAACUUUGCCGACCUGUUCGAGCGGGCCCCGGUUGGCACCGGCCAGAUAUGCGUGAUGCUGGAAGCGACCUCCGCCGACAACAUGCACGCACUGCUCGAGUUUAUGUACAAAGGCGAGGUGCAUGUGUCACAGAAAGCGCUGGAAAGCUUUCUGAAGGCGGCUGAGAACUUGCAGGUCAAAGGACUCACCACCGAGCACGGUCGCUUUGCGAGCGCCAACGCUAGCCAACCGUCACAGUCGCCGUUCCACGGCCCACCGAACGAUCUGCCAUCACCUGCCAUCCGGCGCCAGCAGCGCAACAGCCUCUCGUCCUCGCUGGAAUCGAUCAACCGAGCGGUGAAGCGGGAAACCGACAGCAUAGUCGGCAGUGCCAGCAGCGGUGGCAACGGAUCGAGCCACGGCAGUGGUGGCGGUGCUGGUGCCGGCGGCACCACGGGCAAUGCGGGCAGUGCGGCGGAUCGGGGCAGCGGAAACGAUCGUGGCAAUCGCGGCAAUGAUCGAGGCGGUGAGAGUGGAGGUGUGGGUGGAGGUGGUGGUGGCGGAGGAGGAGGCGGCGGUGGCGGAAACACACCGGCCUCUAGCUUCUCCCCGUACCUGCAACCGUCGUCCUAUCUGCCCGGCUCGUACGAGAACCGCAAACGAUCGCUGCGAAGCCCGUUCUACGAGCAUCAGGAGGCGACGCGGGACAGCGUGUUGCGGGACGGGAAGGCAAGCGCAGGCAAUGGCAGCCCGGUCAGUGGCAGCAAAAACUAUCGACCGUCCAGCAGUGGCUCAUCGGCGACGCCGACGGAGGCGGACACCAUACACACGGAUCGGGAUUCACCGCAACAGUCCAAUCGGUACGAAAAUCAUAGUCCCAGCACAACCCAUGGCCACGGAAACGGACCGGUAUCGUCUAACACGAUGGACCGCGAGGAACGCAACGAUCACAACGGCUCGGUGGAUCAUAAAGUGAAACACGAAAGUCGGGAAGGCAACGAGGCUGGCGCGGAAGAUCUGCGCGUCAAGAUGGAAAUGCGACCGAUACAGUCCCCGCUUCGAUCGUCGGCCCCGUCCACACCGACGACACCGAUCGGCUUCAUCAACGUGAAGGGCGGGCUGGAGGCGGCGAUACCGUCCGUCGACAUGUUGGGCAUGAUCAGCACACCGCGAGAAAGCGUCACGACAGCAGAUGGUUUACUGUGCGUUCCAGGCAAAAAGCUACAGUGCCCGCUGUGCGACCGGCAGUACGGCUACGAGACGAACCUGCGGGCGCACAUACGCCAGCGGCAUCAGGGAAUACGCGUGCCAUGCCCGUACUGCAGUCGAACGUUCACCCGCAACAACACGGUCAGAAGGCACAUCGCCCGGGAGCACAAGCAGCAGACGCAGUUCAUGCCGAGCCAGCUGCACAGCUAAGUGCGCUAAGCCCCGCCGCUGUAGGACGUCGAAUUUUUGCUGCUGCCCGGUCCUGUCUCUUUCCUCCUCUCUCCCACCUGAUCCCCGAGGAACGUUUUGUUUUCCAAAUCCCCUUUCACCACCCCACCCCACCCCGUCCUCCGUGGCCCAGUUGUGCGGAUCAUCCGUCACUCGAUCGGCCGUGCUGAAUUGGACCGUUUGUUGUUCCUAUAACAUUAGUAAAAAACGAAUUGUUGCAUUGUCGCAUUUGUAGCCAUACCUCAGAGUCCCGUUCGCCUUUGAACGCCAUCCAAAGAUAUCGACACCGUGCGGAGGCCGCGGAAGAGCCGGGCUCGCCCGCCCGCUUUCCCUGUUGUACAUCGGCAGCCAUGAUGGAGCAGCACACCAGCGAGACAUACCUGUUGUGUAGUGUUGCCGAAUAGCAGGGAGUUUCUUUUUGAUUUCCAUCGUCAGCAUUAGCGUCAUCAAUGUACGAGCCGUAGCCGUUUGGUGAGCAGUAGCCGCAUCAGUUAGUGGGGUAGCUGCUUCCAAUGAAAGAUGGUACAAUAUGCUGUAACAGCGAUCGCAUGAUCACAUCAGAUAUGGGACUCGAUGUUAGAAGAGAGAAUGUAUCAACAAUAUCAGCUGAAUUAAACAUUUGCGAGAUGAGGGGUCGAUUGUUUCUCGGGCAGUGUGCGAUGGGUGCAACUCAUCAGAAUAGUUAAGCGGGGGAAGAGGCAUCCGUACGUAUCCUGUUUACGUACGCGAUAAACGAUUUGCAAGAAAUGAAGAUGAAGGUGAAAGCUAAGCUAUAAUAACUUGAAAUGGAUUGGUAGAACACUGAUUGGAGUGAACGGACGCCGGAUACAUAGUUUUGAAUUCACAUCUAGCAAACCCGGAACUCAUCGGACCUACUAACUGCUGGAACCUUCCGACACUGGAAAUAUGAACUAAAUAGGAAAGACAAUUUAUUUAAAUAGCAACAGUGAAAUUCAAUUUGCUUACUGCUAAAGAGUAACCAGAGUACUCUCUCGCCUUAUGAAUUCGAAUCAAUAAUUAUUUUUCAUUUUUGUACCUAUAUUUUCUUCGCUCCUCCAUUAACAUAUAUACCCGAUGCAUAUAGGGGCUUUGACAAAACCCCGAUUUCAUAAAAACAAACAAAAUCAACUAGCAUCCUCUAUAACUGCAACAUUGAUUUUCUUUACCACUCUGCAACAAGCCAGCAAUGGCGGACACAACAAUAGCUUUAAUUUGCCAGUAUUUGGCAACUCGUCGACAGACUACGGAUGUUCCACGGGUGAGGUGAACACACCUCAUCCUCCUCCUCACACGCACGUUUGCUCAUACAGAGCAGCGACAUGCUUUAAUUUUUGCAACAUCUAUAACUCAGCAAAUACAAUCACCACAAGUGUCAUUAAUCAUCAAUUAACUUGAAUGUGGAGGAUCGUUUCUCUACGAGGCCCGAUUGAGUGGAUACCCCAACCAGAGGGUACUAACAAGAAUCUUGCUUAUGUUGCCCAUACACACACAUACACAUACAAACACACAAACACACAAACACAGAGCCACAGACAGUAACGAUGAACCUUUACCGACAUACAUAUAGAUAGAACGAGAGGAAGGAAGAAGGUAGAGUAAUAGAAAAGAAUAGAUGAUAGAAGCUUACUAUUUUGUUUAUGUUUUACUUGUUUUGUUUCCUAAUUAAAACUCACUAUAUAGAACACACCAACGGCAACACACACACACGGCAAUUGUAUUUGCUGUUGUUGUUCUUGUUGUUGGUUGUUGUUUUAUGUACUCUAGUAUCAGAUUUGCAUUUCCUUUGAAAUGGCGAACGAUUCGCUUCAUACGAUUACCGAUUGUUUGAUUUCGAUUGUUUCGUCAUUUCGCUUUUUGAAUAGUGCUUUAGUUCUUGAACCCUCCCUCCGCUCUCCCAACAGCAAGGGGGUUGUUUGAUAAGGGGUGUGUGGGUUGAACGGGGGAAUGUACGAAGAUCGAAGAAUUGGAAGUACACAUUACACCGUAACAAUGUACAUGGAUAUCUUAAAUCUUGUAAUAGUAUCAUAUAUAAUUUAACAAGGAACAACAAAACAACGCAAUGUGGGAGGGGGUGUGGGAGAGGUAAAGCAUACUUUUUUAAUGAAUAAUACACAUGUACCUGCUGAUAAAGAAAUAGGGAAUCAGAUAUAGGAGAGUUGAAAUCGAUAGCUUAAUGAGAAAUAUUUAACUAUGCAUAUAUAUGAAAGUAUAUUUAAACCUAAUCUACAAAACCCACAUUACAACACACAUGUACUUGAAGAAGAAAAAGAAGAAGAAGGGCAGAAAUGGUCAGGCGGCCAAUGCCGGAAGGGGGUAAUGCCCGGCUGGCUGGCAGCUGGUAGCAGUGGCAAAGGUGUGUGGCUGAACAGUGUGAGACGCAAAAGACAUUUAAUCCUUUUUCAGGUGGACGCCUUUCGCCUGACAAUGACGACGAGACGAGACGAUGACGCGCGAUUGCGCAUUACUCGAGCAGCCAUUACCAAUCUGGCACGAGUCUCAAUAUCGUGCGCUAGCGAUUAACAAUUAAUUCAUGCAAGGAAAAGAUUCUUCCGCCUAGAGGGGGUGGCUGACCCACUUUGGUUAGUGGUGGUGGCCACGGCCUAUGGCGGGGGGAUAUUUUGUCCAACAACAACCAAUUCUUCAAUAGAAGAGCAAACCUAAUGGAACAACAUGCAAUGGAAACUUGGUGCCUAUUAAAUAGACGAUUCUAGUUUAAACAGUACUCUUACUAAUACUAAUAUUUCCGCAACUACUGCUACUACUUCCUCUACGAAUGGUUAUAGUACUUCCUCCGAUCGUACAAUACAGGUGCGUUUUUUUUUGUUCGUUUUCUGCGAUAUCUUAAAUGGCAUGUAUCGAUCAUUUCAUAUCAUUGCCAUCAUCCCCGCCAAUCCCCGCAACUCACUACAAUAGAUAAACGGAACCGUUGAAAUGAUCUCAUUUUUAUAGCAAUUACUGAUUUAGUUACCACUAUUUAUCCCGUCCCCCAAACUCUAGAUGUCCUUCUCCAGCAAUAUCAAAGAAAACACCGUUCCCAUACUUAAGUCUUCGCGCGUCUCGUUUCACCACCGACCAUUUGGUCCAUUUUCACUGCAGUAAGAGUGAUCAUAUUCUACCAAUCCUUUUCAAGUUAUUAGCCGAAGUUGUUCAGCACACGUACUAUCGGGCUUCGGUUCUCCGGUUUUACGGGGCACGGAAGCAUUCGUCUCGUGCUGGGCAAAUUGGGACGCGAGAAAGGGGAAGAAGAUCUUGCACGGAAGAGAAACAAUGAAACAAUCCAAUCUCAAUCGUUAAAACAUAACAAACAGUCGCGCACACCCACACGCACACAAAGAGCAACAACAUUCGAUGUGAGCGUCGCGUGUGUGUGUUGUGACGUGUGACAAGACAAGGUGUGUUGAGCACACGGUGCCAGCUGAAGUAGUUAAAAUGUGAACGUUGCAGUGAGCACGUGAAGAAGAGCCUUUGCAUAAUGUGCGUAACAAAGUAGAGGCAAGCGAACGCAUGAGCUAGACAAUUGGAUGAAAAGAAAGGUAAUUGCAGUGUUUAAUUGGUGCAAAUAUGUUUAACGUGUAAUAGCAAUACCAAGCCGGAAGAACGAACAAAACACGAAAUAUGUGCGCCGAGAGCAUUCGUUUUCAGCAUGGGUGGAGUUCCGCAUGAUUUUCUGUAUAAUUUGUAUUGUUUUUUUUUAAAGAGCUACCAUUUUUACUGUUAUAAACAAACAACCGAAGUUACCGAAGCAACAUGAAAAUACCGGAAGGUAAAUUAGAGAGGCAAAACAGUAAUUGAAAAGAUGCUAUCAAUGUUUGCUAUAUUAUACUGUAGUAUAACACACAGAGAGAAUUUUAUUUUGUGUUUUUUUUUCUUUUAGUUUUGUUUUUCGCAUACAAUAGCUUUAGUAAGGAGUUUUGUUUGAUGAGUUUUCUCAUGCUUUCGUUUUGGACCACGGGUAUACCCGUGAUGCGGAUGCAAGUGUUUUUGUUUCCAUUCGAGCGAACUAGUUUUAACGUACCGAACUCCUGGGACACACCCACUGAACAUGAAAAGAAUAUGCGCGAAACAAGUAAAUAUGCUUCCCUCGGAACCCUUCCCUUAAGUAUGACGUCAAACGCUUAACAAUGAAAUAGAAUCCGUUAGUUCAAUUUUUAAAGAAGAAUCAAUAUAGUUAAACACAGUCUCACAGUGAGGAAACGGUGAUCGGUCAUCACCGGUAUUGAUAAUAGUUGUAUUAAGCACACACGAGUACCCGGGCGCGGGUAAGCGACCGCAAUAAGACAAAUCUGAACGCAGCAGCAGCACCAGCACCAGCAAACCCCGCCGCUAAUGCCGGGUUGUGGUGCGUGUGCCUGCCACCAAGCAGAAUUGUGUUUCUUGUUAAAAACAAAUAGCCUGUUUCUGUUUCUAGUGCUACAAACUGUACUGUUUAAUUUUUUGAAUGCACAUUUGUCCCUUAUCCCUUAUGAAACUGUUUACUCAACCUGUUAUAAACAAAACGUAACACGAGGAGGAGCUAUAGGUUUAAUCAAAGAUAUCAAACGUUUUAUAUUUGCAAGCAAUUUACAUGCAGACGAAAGACAACUGCCAAUGAAAACGGGUCUAUUUUUUCCGCUGAGCCGCAUUUCACCGUGCGCAGCACCACCGUACGUAUAUUAAAAGAACUUUUUGUUUUUAUACACUUGUCUUAACGACAACACACACCGCUAGGUAUUAUUCGUUUUUAUUGUAUGGUGUAAAAGUUUUACUUCUUUUGAGUUUUUCAUCCAUUUACAUACACACUUACACACACACACACAAUCUGUACAACUGGUUUCUUCCAAAGCGAAAUGCGUAGCAACAAAACAAAAAACAAAACUAAGAUUAGUCGUGAUGGUAUAACAGAGAGAAAGAAGUAAAACACAUAAAAAACACACAAAAACAUGGAAACGAAACUCGAAACAUUAAAGAAGAAAAAAGAAACCUUAACCCCCUAUACACCAGCGACAUAACAAUGGUAAGCCGAGCAUAAAUGAAAGCAAAAUAGAUAAAAAAGAAAGAGAAAGAGAGAGAGAACAAGAGGAUGAAAAACACAUAAAAUAAUAAUAAUAAUAAUAACGUAGAAAUAUGAACACGAAUGAAAACAAAAAGAAUGAACACUGAAAUCAACUACCUCCACACGUACUGUAGAAAUAGUGAAAUAGAGUGCGUUUAGCAGUAAACGCCAUUUUAUGUUAAUUUUUAAAUAGCUCUUGAUUUUAAGCAAUAAGGCAACGUAAUAGUCGAAAUCAAUAAUUAUUACGUACUUCUUCAAAGACAUUUACAAAUCAGGUAUAAAAUACAAUGCAAGAGUAAACGACAGCAACAGUAGAGCGACAGGCGGCGACGCGUCUGGAAGGUGAUGCAAAAACAGCAGUAAACAGCAGUUAAAGAUGCACAUGCAAGGCGAAACUAUAUAACAAGAUAUCUUUUCAGUGUGUAAUAGUAACACACACGCACACAACAUCCCCUGCCAUCAGCCCAUCUAAAGAGUAACAUUUAUUUUUGACACCCAACACAAUAUCCACAGCAGUUUGGCAUAUGUUUUCAGGAAAAGAAACAUUAAGAACCAAAACAUUAUCAGUUGAAAAGCUCGCAAGAACAAAAGCAAUUUUAUUAUUUGGAUUUCGUUUUGUAAAGCACAUUAUUUGCUGAGAAAAAAAAAAACACAAUCGUUUGGACAAACAAAACUACAUGUCACGGCUGCUAGAAAACCCAGUAGAAGAGAGAAAAUUAAAGAUGUCAAAAUUUCGUUUCGCAAGAUGGAAUGGAUAAACAUGUUUUGGCUGGCACUAAAAGCUCGUAUCUAUGGAAAAUCUACAUAAGUAAGUCACCAUCAGUUGGCGAAAGACAGAGAGAAGAAAUGAUAAAGAGAGAAAGGAAAAAAGGCAAACGGUUUGGCAAAAGGAUAAAAUUAAAAAUCAUAACAGAAGCACACACUGCACGGCGAUACCCCCUUUUUUAACUUGAUGCACACAAUCGAGGAAGCAGAUGGGAGACCAAGAUUUGGGCGGCAAAAUUAACGACACGGAAGCGUGUGACAGGAAGGAACAAAUGGAACUUGAGCCAUGGAACGAGUGGAAAAAUUGAAUGAAUGCAAAAUUGCUAAUGAAGCGUUUUGGAAAUGAUGCGAACAUGAUAAAAAGCAAGCAAAAAAAGAACUUCUAAAUUAACGAAAGCAAAUAAUGUUGAUAAACAAACAAACAAACAAAAACGUAACACAUAUUCGAUUGCAUGCGAAAAGGAAUGGCGUAGUAAGUGCGAGCACUUUAAAACAUUAGCUAUUAAGCCACUUCCCCCCGACGACGGCCAUGCGUCAAAAGGUAGGACGGAAUAAUCUCAUGUAAAUAGAGGUAAAUUUACUCGCGUAAAUUUGCACCGUGCAGCGCGAAACCGAUGGGCAAGUGUGCGACUGCGCGGCUUGCGCUACGGAAGGGAUGAAGCUCACGUUCUCGUCGCUCGAGGGCCCGCAUGAUUUGAUCGUCAUCAUCCAGUACAACUUAACAAGAAAAUAAAAAGAGGGGAAAAAAUCAAGAGAAACGGAAGCAAAUGCAGAAGCUAUAAAAUAGCUUGAAGAAUAAAAUUUAAUGAAAUUAAAUUUUGGCAGUAAAGAGAAUGCAGGAUAAUGGGUUUUAGAUGUUAGGUGGCAUAUAGGUCAGCGCAAAUCCUCCGAACUAACUGCGAGAGGUGGUAGAACGUGAACAAACAUAAAAAAGCAAGCAAAAACGCUAAUCGUACUGUGGAAGCAAAAUUUAGUCAGUGAUGUACAUUUAGAGAGCAAAAUAGUGGAAAGCCAUGAAAGCAGCACGUUUGCUCGUGGCGGCUUAUUAUGUGUACACGGGUGUUUGGUAAAAGAUAGACGGCGAAGAAGAUUUCGAACCAUCAGAAACACCGGCACACCCCCAACACAUGACAGUGGUUCAAUUUCGAUAAUACGUACGGAAGAAAAUGUACACAAGGAAGAUAUAUAAUAUGCAUCAUGGACAUGAAAAUUGUUGGUAUAAAUAGAGCAAAAAAAGAGAAAGAGAGCAGCACUUUUCCCCUUUUUGGCAAAUUGAUGUAGAAAAGAAAAUGAAGCAAGAAAAAUGAUAUGUAAAAUGGUGUAAGAGAAAUCGCAACACACAUCUGUAAACGACGUGUUUUUGUUGAGUAUCUCUGAAGCUAAAUUGUACAUACAAAAAAAAAAAUAAUAUGUGAAAAAUUUAACGUUUUUGGAAACAGUAGAAUCGUGUAAAUCCCUAAUGUUUGGCGCAAAAACGAAAAACAAAGCAACAAGAAAUUAAAAGUGCGUACAAUGCGUUUCGGUGAAUAUAUAUAUAAAAACAAAAAUAAAAACAAAUACGAAAAAACGACAAAAUUGAGUGCUGAAGCAAAAGUAAGAAGAAAAAAACAGAAGGAAACGACAAACUACUAUGACGAUGUGUCACUGAAGAAAAACACAGCAACACACAAACAAAACACUCAGUCCGUAUGAGAGAGAGAAAGAGAGUUCGUGAUCCGUGCGAAGCGAAUCCCGUCGUCAACCUAACAACAACAAAUGGAAAUGAAAAGCGGCAGUAAUUUAAUUAUUGUUUGUGUUUUAUUUUGCGACAGUGUGUGUAUGUAUGUGUGGAUUGACUUUUCCGUCAACGGAACGUUGUUUGUUUGGCACAGCAAAAACAAAAGCGACAAAGAGUGAGCGCUUCAAAACAACAUUGGCAAAUAUAUCCCCCCUUUUGGCAACUAUUCACGAAAAAAUUUAAAAUAAGUAAAUUUAGUUAGAACAAGGUAAAAAGUAACAUAAAAGUAACAAACGUUUAGGCAAUACCACAAAAAAACGAAAGUUUUUUUUUUCAAAAUUAUUAAGCAAAAUUUCUAAACAAAAUUCUAAAUUCAAUUUAUGAACGAGAAAAAAAGGAGAAGAAAGAGAAAGAGGUAGAGAGAAAGAGAGGAAGAGAAGCGAAAAGAAAAGUAUAAACAAAUAAUGUUUUCGUUGCUGUUUUUUUUUUUUUUUGUUGACGCUAGUACGGAUACCGACAGAUAACAGAAAGAGAGAGAGAGAUGGAGAAAGAGUAGAGAGCGAAAUUUCAAUGUAAGCUGGGUUAAAUGCAAAACGUUUAGGCAAUUAAGUAUGACAAAACACAAAAUUCUGCAGGCAUAUAACUAAUGUAUUCGAUAACUGUAAAGUGUAAAACUGAGUGUGAGUUUGUUGUUCUGUUUUUUCCUUUUCCAAAUUCAAACAUGAUGCUUAUCAUUAGAAUCCUUAUUAUUGUAAUAUCAACCGUUUGCGCAAGUGAGUCGUAGGUUUGUGUGUGUGUGCGCGCGUGUGCAAAAAUUAGCACUAAUUCCGUUAGCUGCGUUUUUCGGCUUUGAAGAGACGAACUAACGAAAUGAACCUUUCUUCUUUGGAUUUUUUAAAACAUUUGGUCGCUUUUUUUGGAUACUUGUGAUAGCGGAAAUCCACCACAGCAAGACGAUGAUUGAUCAGUUCUACCUAAUCUAACCCUAUGGGUUGGAUUUGGCGCCCCGGGAAAGCUAGCACAGUCGGCAAGAGAUACCCUUAACCACACCACAACAUCGCAUUGUUUUUGUGCCUGUAUUGCGACACAUUUGAGUAUUUGAGAUUUUGUUAAAUGAUCAGUUUUUUUUAUGAUGUCCAUUUAAAAGUAUAGUUUUGUUUUCCUUUUUACACGUUUUUUUUUAAUAUAUUUUCAACUCACAAUAGCCUCAGGGGACUAUUGUGGGCACCAGUCGGUUGUAUGUUUCGAACCUUUCCUUGCAAAAUCUAAUCGAGUAGAAGAAGCUUCCCAUCAAAGCAAUAAACUUCCAACAGGCAACGUUUGAAAGCAUUGUUUUCACUAAAAGAUACACAGAUUGAAACAACAACAAAAACCAUGAUCCCGACGAUAAGCGUAGACACGAUCGAAGAACGAUCAAAAAAGCGUAAAGCGUAACUAUUGAUAAGACGAGAAACGAGCAAGGAAGAAGGAAAAAAAAACUCAGCUAGUCACAAGUGCAACACACUCAGGUACAAUAAAAAUGUAACGAAACAUUGUAGAAUUAUUUAGCAUGUAUAAACAGCAAACUGAAACAAAAGGUAUGCAAUCAGCUGCUCACUCGAUUGCGCGGCGCAGUAGUAGCGUGUAAGCGAGCACUAGCGCACCCAGCAUAGUAAUAGUCACUUAAUGCAAGACAAAAAAAACAAAGAACGAGGAAAAUUGAUAAUGCAAGAGAAGGAUAUAAAUCGAAGCAUUUUCGUGUUUUUGUUUUUUUCAUGUGGCAUUUAUACUAUUGUUUUUUUCUUCGUUUUUUUUUAGUUCGACAGUUCCUCUCAGGAAACCCACAACGUGUACCGAUCGUUGUGUUUAAAAUAAGUUGUGGUGUUUGAUUUCUAUGUUGUGUAUGCACUACUUUUUUGUUGGUUAUUGCCACUGCAGCUCUUUCCUGAGACGCAGAGAAAGAGAAAGAAAGAGGGUGCAAAAGCAUACAGGCAAGCGAAAAGGAAAAGCCACACAAAUACUUGUUUGCGAUUAAGGAAAACAAAAUGGGCAAAAUUAUCUUUAGGUCUUAGAAUACUACUACUUCUACAACAACUAUUACUACUACUACUAUCUAGCACGUAGUGUGAAAUGACGAUAUACUUAAAACAUUGAAAAAGGGAGCUGUACCCAUGUUUGUAACAAAGUUGUAAAAAAGAGAAGGAAGAAAAAACGCGUUACGAUAUGUUACGAUAGGAGUACGAAACACGGCUAGCCCCGUGGUAAAGAGAUACGUAAAAGUUAUGGUUUGUCAGUUUCAGCGCUACUUUUUGCCAUUUGCGUUUUGUUCGGGUUUAGAGUCUGUUCUGUUGAAUGUGAAACACUGUCGAUCUUACAGAUCGGGUGUUGACAAGAGAUACGAGAUACGAUAACGGACGGAGGUGAACAGCAGCUGCGCUAAAUACACAGUGCAAACCAUAACCACUGAUGAGAUACGACAUACAAGAGAUACGGAAGUGAAAAAUUCAAAAUUCUUCAAAACCAACUGAACAACAACCUUACAAAAACAAAACAAAAAAACAACUCAAUCUGCUUCGACUACACAAUAAUAGUUUGUGUGUGAAAGCCCAUUUUAAAACCAUACCAUACAACGCGUAUACUUUUGGAAUACUGUUUUUGGAUUGCUUUUCGCGUACACCCCAUUAAUACUGACUUAUCUCUACAUCAAUGUAUACCAAAAACAAAAAACAAACAUGCAAAAACCACACAAAGUAGCUAUCCUAUUUCAUACGUGAAGCCGUGAAGGCAAAGGAUGAAGCAAACAAUACUGAAGAACAGGACGAUGAUAGAUGGCGGUGUGUCACUGUGCCUGCAAGGGGACUGCAGUUUGGAGACGAGAGUUUCACUAUUGCCGAAGGCAAUCAUCGAUCGAGGCUAAUUACACGCUAUACACAUACACACAGAGAACCAUUCGAGGCUAGAAGACACAGGCAGAAUGAGGCUUUUCGAAGGAAAAACACAACCUAGAAACUGGUUACACGCGAGAGAGGGCUUUAGUCCGCAAUAUUGCAGUCCUUGCAGCACCUUGUGACACACUGUCCCAUCGCAGGAUAAUAGUAAACCCAAGCAACUGAACCACAAGGUGUAAAUAUGUACGCUCCUCUUCCGUCACGUUUAGCCGUCUUUGCGCAAUCAGCCUGUCAGAUGCGUCGUGCGCGCGUGUACCUGCUGCGCCAGUGCGACAUGCAUGCGCGAUGCAUAGAAGGAAUGAGGCGCGCAGAAAAAAGAAAACAUGAUCGGUUGAGCGGGCUAAGAUCCCUAUACGCAAUAAGCUAGUCUAAUAUAGUUUCUUUCUUUUUCUUCAAAUGCUGGCGACCCGCGUGUUGCCAAGCGUGAUGUAAAAUGAAGUGUGAACGCGGUACGCAAUGGGGGAAAGGCAGGUAUAAGCGUCUCCUGCGUUCAACGGGAAAGGAAAGAGUUUGAGGGAUGGUUUUGUCAACCGUGUUUGGGUGCAAUGGUGUACGGUGGUGGUGGCAAUACACUGUAGAUUUUCAUGGGAAUGCCAACCGAAGAGACUGUUAUUUAUUGUUACCUCAAUAGACGUUAAUGUGGGACGCGGGUGUGUUUUGUGUGUAAUGGCAAUGCAAUAAUGUGUAGGAAGUCUAGCUUGUAUUCAUGUUUACUAUUAUUGCCCCAUUGUUUUUGUUUAUUAAAUCGUUUGAGUUAGUAUUUCACCCGUGCUGCGUUGAGUGUCAGACGCACGGGUGCGCUCCUAGGGACACUUGCCGCAAACCAAUAGAGUUACAACAAGAACCACCAUCACCACCACUUACCGCUCACAAACUAUUGCCCCGAGCUAGGCAAUCUUCUAUGCUUUUCCGAAUUUUCCCCUGAACCCUGAGCUUUCCUCCUUUCCACAUCGGUCCGCGUUUACACCUUCAGAAAGGCCUUAAUAAGAGAAAUACCGGAACAGUAGUAGCAGUUAAGCACAGUAUUCCGAAUGUUACAUUAUUACGUUUAUUAAUUGUGUGCCGGGUCUGUCCACUGCUUCCCCCCGCCAUUCUUUAUUGCAGAAGGGAAGGGAAACAAAAUGUUAGAACCGCACAGCACAGAUCCGUUUAUUUUUCUUCUUCUUCCACGUACCAGAGAGAGAGAUUGCAAUGUGGUAUACCGAACGUAAUGUACCGUUAAAGAUUAUAUACACGAAGUAAUAUAGCAACGAGUAACUGUGAGCUGAAUAGUAUCACCGUGUGCAGAAAGCAGAAGAAAAAGAGAGAGGAAGCAACGAGUGGCGUAAAACAAAUCGAUAAAUACAGUUUUUUGCAGUUAUAAGUUGUCACUUAGUGUGAGCCAACUAAAACAGAUAAUUUAUUUAUUUAAAUGUUCAGCAUACAUACAUACAUAAACUCUUUCGAAAAGAGCCGGAACGUAUACAAAGCAAGUAAUAGCAGAAACAAACCAACAGGACGGACGCAAUAAACAGCGGAUCAAUGAUCUGCAAUUGCAACUGCGAAAACGAAAUGAAAAACAAAACAACAGCAAAUCCAUAAUAAGAAUGCAAACAAAAACCAAGCCAGCUCGAGAACAAGCACUAUUUACAGUUGAUCACAACCAUAGCAAAUAUACAACAGGUAGCAGAGAAAGAUAGGAACCAAGAUCACAGGACACAGGAUAGCAAUACAAAACCAGUACCCUUUUACAGUACUGGGCACGACAGCGUUCGCGUUCUGGUAAACGUACCCCGCAGCGCGUUUGAAAAUUGGUUUAUAAUACAAUUCUUUGCCGUUAUGUUAUGUGUUACUUGCCUCACACCAAGCCCGUUAGUUGAAGGGUAACACAGCAGGACUUAAAAGAAAUACCUUCAGACACACACAUACGUGAAAACGGGGAAAAGGAAUGAACGCGAAGAUCAGACAGUUUGACGAUGAAGCAGCGAAAUGGUUAGCGAGAAGUAAUAGCGAGAUUCUUGCAUUGAUCGUACCGUCUCUUUUAGUUGUUGUUGUUGCAAACUCACAUGGCAUUGGGUGUAACAAUUAGCAUGCAAGUAGCGUUUGAAAAGGGCGUAUCGAUUUGCUCGAAAGAAGAUCUGAACCGGUUUUGGCCGCACGACCACAAAAAAUAGUUGUGUAAAACUCAUACAUUUAUUCUGCAGGGAAGCUUUCUUUUUAUUCGAAUGUACACUAUCAGGCCCUUCCCCCUUUAACUAACUACUACUACUAGCUCCAUAAAGUCGUCCAUAUCAAUAGUCGCGGAGGGGAAAGGUUGCCCAAGCCCAAGCCCUUCGUGCAAACACUUGCAAACAGACCAAUUUUGGUUUACGGUACCUCAUUUCAUUUUAAUAGUGUUGUAAGCAAAAGCCAUUGAUUGCGAUUCGCAUCAAACGCAAAACAGAAGGAAACGAUUAUCACGAGACCGAUGUGAAUGAUUUGUGGCCGGCGUGGCGUUCCCGCGUGGCGACCCAAGACCACACAAACACAGAAUCCCACCGUUUUAACAUUUAACGUAACAACGCCUAGCUUUUAACCUAAAACUAGUUUAAACAUCUACAACACCACCACCCAACCUUCCCAUUUUCUGUUUCCAUGAAGCGCAUAGCAAGGCAGAGUAUGUUCAACAUCUGUAUCAUUUUCUCGCUUUAAGCUUUACCCUCCCCAGUUGUUUGAUGAAUAAUUUUUCUUUCUUAUAAAAUUCCACUCUUUUCGUAUCGAUUGCUACAACAAACAGCACAUUUUGCUAGCGAAUAUACACAUCCAACACGAAUUACGAUUGGAAGUUGCAAUGCAUAAACGGCUACCAACCAUCAAAACAUUUCGGCUAAAAAUAUAUAUAAUUUUGACAAAAUUUAAGUAUAGAAAACUCCAACUAAACGCUAACCGUGGUCGAGCUGUGGUCGAGCUUGAAGUAAAGCUCCAAUCCAAUCGUGUGCGCCACGGUGCGGGAGUAUCCUUUUUUAGUUUCGAUAACGUUGGGUUAAAAAAUAUUGGUUUUGGGUUUUUUGGUUCUAAAAACAUUGAUAUAAAUUGCAGUAAAAAUGAAAAUUAAUUAUAAUUCACACAGAAAAAAGAUAUGAAAGUAAGAGAAGAAACUUCAAGUGGGAAGACAUAAGAUGCAAACAGAAAAUAGAACCACAAAAAAGGGAGAACAAUGAAGUACGAAGAAGAAACACACCGAUAACGAGAAAAAGAAAAUGAAAGAGAAAAGUAUAAAUGAAAUAGAGAGAAAGAGAGCAACAACAUAUGAGAAUCGAUGUCAAACAUCGUCAGGAGUGGUGUUCAGCAGUGCAGUAAGCAAAACACUCCAACAUGGUUACCAACUUAGUAUCGCUGCGAUUGCGCGACGAUGACGACGGCAUCCGUUGGAUGUUUGUUAAUAAUAUUUUAUUUUAAGCUUUCUUUACGCGGCCACCAGAAGAACGGAAAAGAAAUACAAGCUGGAUAGAAACCCUAUUGCAGGGAAUAUGGUUCAGUGCGCGUCGGUGCUUCUUGUAUAAAGUGUAAUGCGUAGACAAGGCAAUAUACAACAGUACGAACGACAAUCGGUACUGCGUUGUGCACUUUCAUAUUACUUUCAUAGUGCUACACCUUGGUUAUUAUUAUUAUUAAUAUUAUUAUUAUUAUUAUUAUCAUUAUUAUUGAUACUAUUGGUUCGUUUUAAGUUAGCAUUAGUCUGUACAAUUGGUUUAAAACGACGGGUAUAUUGUUUAGUUAUUUCCUCUCUGCAUAAGCAUAAUAGUGUUGUACCGCUACACGUAAGUCAGUAAGCAUCUGAUAAAAAAUGUGUUUAAGUUGUAAAAAGAAACAUGAAGGAUACAAAGCCGGAUUAUUCACUAUAAGAAGCGAAAGUGCGAAGCUUACAAACAACUAUAAAAUAACACACGAAAAGGGGGGAAUACUUUUUUUUGUCCGCUUUGUACAACAAUGAGGAAUAAUAAUCAGCAAAAAAAAGUGAAUCACACAAUGAGAGCCAAGUUUAUAACGUUAUGAAAAGAGCAAGAUUUAAUUGAAAAGCUGCUGAUACGAAUAAAACUCAAUUUUUCGUACAUUAUUAUGUUCUUUCUUUAUUAUUUAUGUUUUUCUUUUCUGGUAUGUUUCAUUUUGUUCGUCCUCUAUGAUACGUUCACGGUGUGUAACGGUUAUGAGUAGAUGACAUUUUCUUUUUCCUCGUUAUUUGGUUAUAUGUGUUUGCUAUAUUUUAUCGUUAUUUUUUAGGUAAGUAUGUUUUGUUAUUUUAUUUCUUUGUUUUUUUUUCUUUUCCUUUUAUUUUUAGCUCUGUUAAAAUCUCCUGAUCGUGUUUGAUAUCGAAGUUACAUGUGUUGCUCAACAGGAAAUAAUUUAACAAUCAAACGAAACUGUAUUUCUUCAAGAGUAUUGCUUAAUUUUGCAUUAUUCCUUACUGAAAUUGCAAGAAAUGAACGAAUUCUCAAUAAAGUGCAAACCGUCCAAUGCCCAAUUUAACCAAAACAAAAAGAAAGCACAAUAAUUAAACAUUAAACAAAAGAACAAGCAAUGCAUUGUAACAGUUUCGUUUUAAAAUAUACUUCAUUUUUGAGUUAUGUUUCGUACAUAACACACUAAUUCCAUCCCUUUCGUUACUAUGAUGUAGUAAAGUGCGAGCAAACCAGUACAGAAUUCAUUUCCAAAUAUAAUAUACAAAUCAGAGCAAAGUGGAUACAGAGCCCCGAAAAUUGAUUUACUUAAAUAUAACUCACUCAAAAUUGUAAACCUAAAUCUUAUCUUUAGAGAGCGAAACCAAAAAAAACCUAUAAAUAUGAACAUAAAUAUCUAAAGAGUAAGUUUUUGGCACGUUUCUUACUCUAACUGGAGUCGAUAGAGACAUAGAGAGAAAAAAAGGAACAGAAAAUAAAAUCGAUAAACUUUAGGCAUGUGUAACAGUGGCAUUAGGUGUAUACUUGUGGAAUGGACUUUAAAUUUCACCCUUUAAUCUAGCAUGUGUUGAAUGUGCACACCGAAACACAGCAGUAGCAACCAAUAUUCAGUAAGAAAGUGUGCGUAUAUUGAGGGAAUCAAGCUGACCGAACACAAAGAUCCCACAAAAGGACAUAAAUGCGUAGUAUUUGGUGUAGCGAGCGUGUGGUGCAAUUUUGGAUUAAAAUUUUAAUUUAUAUCGUACUAUUAGAACGAGCGGCAUUUUUAGGCAACUAGCGUAUAUAUUUGACGGAUAAAGUAAAGUAGAUGUGAAAAUUUAAAAUUAAAACAAGACAAAACAACUUAAAGCAACUAAUAUGAGCAUAAGCGGGGAGAGCGCGAACAGAUCGAUCCGCUCUUAGGUGAGCGAGAUUGUGCAAAAACAAAAAUCUCUUGACAAGCUAUACCAUUACAAAGAUAAAAUGUAUUCUACGAUUUAAAAAAAAAAACAACACGAACACAGCCGGAGCUUCUUUAAAGAGGUGUGGCCCCUUCAGCACGAGGGGUAUAACGCUGUAGAAAAUACGAAUAUAAGACCAGUCAGUGUUAAUUAUCCCUCGUUUGGGCGGCAUACCGCUAGCGAUACGAUGAGUGGAUUAAAAAUUAUAUACCUAUAUAUGAUAUAUAUAUAUACACACAAAACACACAUACUUCACGAGAGAUACGAUCAGAAAUAUGUUAAGAACCUGUAGAGCAGCAAGCUGAACAGGGGGGAGCGUUAACCAGGCUCUGGGAAACCCCUUUACGAGCGGUUCAUGAAAUUUGAUGGUGAAUAGUUCAAAAUUCGUGGCGGUAUACCAGAAUAUAUAUAAAAUAUAAGCGUACUAGCGUAACAAUACACUUUUAGAGUGGAAGGAUCAAAAUUCAAAAUUUGCAUCGUGUGUAUUUGUGCAAAAGUCGUGUGAGUUACAAAAAUCUAGUGAGUGCAGGUAGAGCAAGAGAGAAAGUAAGAAAAGGACGAUGAUGUAUUUAAAAAUUAUUCCCUAGAUGUUUCGGUGUAGUUAUAAAAUCAGUGGGCAAUCAGUGAAUAGAAAGAUCUUCACACAAAACUAAACACACAUACAUACACAAAUACAUUCACAUACCAACUCUCCUUCGUCCUAGUUUGGAUGUACCAUUCGGAUUCCUCACAUGGAAAGGAAACCACAUCACAUUUAGUCUAUAGACACAAUCACAUACACAAUGCAUAUUUGUAUGUUUGCUCCAAAAUACUAACAACACGUAGAAAAAUAAAAUAAUACACACUACAAACACUCCACAACAAGAAAACGGAGAAGGCAAGCAUGUAAACAUAAUGUUAUUUGCUGCUAAAAUGGCACCAUAAUCGAACACAAAAAGUACAAACUUGUUUAGAAACAAACAAAGGAUGCUAGUAGUUGAAGAAGAUCAUUUUCAAAUGCAAAGAAGAAGAAAAAACAAACGCGGAUAUAUUAAGAUAAAGUGACAAACCAAUAAGGAAACGCAAAAAAGGACACAUUAUGAACAGUAAAUCAAACGAACAACAAGCAAGUGUUGCAAGAAGAAGAAAUGGUAACAAAAAAGAAAAUCAAAAACAAAGCAGCGACUAUGCAAUAAAGUCAUAGUAACCCGAAAACAUGUCAACCACUUUCACUACUCACUCUUCACCUACAACGAUCUACUGCAGUAUGCAUACGAGAGUAAAAACAAACCCGGAAAAUAGUUCAAAAUCUUUAAGGAAAAAAAUACACAUACACAUACGUUUCGGAAGUACAAAAUUUCAGGGUUCAAAUUAAGAGAAAUAAAAAUGAGAAGAAACAAAAUAACAACAUUAGCCAGUAAAUGAUGCUGUCAAAGAGAUGAUUAAAAUAUUAGAUGAAAAAAAAAUACAAACGAAAGAAAAAGUUCAAGUACUGUUACAGAAAAAAAACAAACAAACAAACAAAACAAAACGUAUGAAGCUAUAGUGUAGACAGGUGAGAAAAGAGGCACUUACAAGAGUAAACCGACAAAGUACAUUUACCUUAAGUGUAAGUUAACGUGUAAUUAACGGUGAGUAACAAGUGAAUACAUACAAAACAAAACCUGAUAAACUGUAAAAUGCUGUUUGGAGAGUAUGCAAAAAAAAGACAAAACAAAAAGGCAACAAAUAUUGCAAGCAUCGAGAGCAAAUGUUGAGAGUGAUACUGUGAAAGUGGUGUAGAAAAGUUAUAGACGAAAAAACUACGUAUCAAACGUAGAUGUGUGAAGAAUAGAUGUGUGAGGAACCGAAAUGGAGGAAGAGGAAAGGAAACUCUGAGCAAAACAAUGUAAAGAAAUAAAGUAUGCAUGGAGCAGAUGAAUGAAGUGAAUGGCUAAGGAGAAGCAAAAAGCAAAACUGUAAACAGCCUCGACAAAAAUAAGCAAAAAGAAAACAAAAUGCAAGAAAAGUAAAUCACAUACGUAAGAUGUAACGUUUAUAAAUUUUCAACCUUUGGUAGAAGAAGCAAGUGUGUUUAGUUGAUACUAUAUAUUUUGAAACGAGAAAGAAGAAAACGACCGCAGAAGCUGUAACAAAAGAAGAAGAAAAGUAACUCUCUCACUCACAAAGGCACACGCACAUGUACACACAUACACAAAAAAAAACAAGGAAGAAGAACAUGUUUGGACAAAAAAAUGACAUGAGAAUAUUAGGACACGCUAGAUCUAGAGAAAAGAUAAGAAGGAAUAAGCACAAAUAGCAUCCAAGACGAUAAGAGAAAUGAGCUGGAAGUGAUUUGGAUACGUUUUGAUCAUUGUUCAGAAGCAGACUUUGGUUUCGGAACACUAUCACCAUCAAAUCGUGCAACAAAAAACCAACAACAACCCACAAUGAAGAUCAUCCCCAGGAAAAGUAGACAACAGCGAGCUGUUGUACAUUUCUGAUUUAGCUUCACCAUCGUAAAGCAUAUGCUCAUAUCUUGUUUGUUUGGGUUUUGCAAAAGAAAAAAGAAUCUUCAAAAGUCAAAAUUGUUUGUAAAGGCACCGAAAAUGCGCAUCACUUCAGAGAGCUGGAUCUGAGAGUGUGGAAACAGUUUCAUUUCAACCAACAACCCAAAGCAAAGGUCAAAGGUCACAAGAUACGAACCACAAAAGGAACGCGUGGACAGAAAAAUGGAAAUGGUACGAGCGAUACGAAAUCAAUAUACGCAGAAUAUCUCUCCGACAAGCCUGCCUCAUCCACCCAAACUUAACUCCCUUUCUUUUGUGCUGAAGGUUCUGCGUUACCGACAGUAUGGGAAUAUUGUUAUUCCAACGGAAAAUGUUUUGUUAUUCCAUUUCACAUGCAAGCUAACGCAACAGUUUAAGUUCAUUUGCGCUUACAAUACGAUUUAACAGUUGGUUUGUGCGCUACGUAUGUUUUGCGCCGGCGGCUCAUUGGAAGCAGAACAGCAAAAAGCUUCCCUCCCUCCCCCAACGCUCAUUCGAACCAUCACCACCGGUACUGCUGGAAUACAGAAUCAAUAAGUAUACUCAACAUUUUUCUCUGUAUACGAAACGUAAUCAAUAUAUUUCAUAUUGGAGCACACCUCUCGGGCCUUACGUUGACGUUGAAACAUGUGUAAACGAUGCGUAAUCAAGCGCAAAACCAAGAUGUGGCAUACCGUGGCCCACGAUGGUCUCUAAUGGUGAUGGUUCUUAUUAAGAAUAUAUUUUUUUAAAUAGAUUACUUUAAACAUUCUUAGUUUCGAAUAUUGUAAAUUAACUUAAAUUAUAUAUCAUUGAAACUCUGUUCCAUCUGUUAUCACCCCUUUUUGCCCCUGCACUCCACAAACCAACUGUUCAAACAGCUGUGAAUGAGAAUUAUUAUUAAAUAAUAGAUUGUAUCUGUGAUUUUAAAUACAAUGUAAUUAAAUUAAUCGAAGAAAGCGAGAGAAAGGAGUAAGCAAACAAACACACAACACAGCAACAAUACUGAUCGCAUCAUCAGGAGGGGUUGAAGAGAAUCAGAAAUAAACAGCAAACAUGGAAACGAAAAUACUCGAACAUGAGAGUGGUAAAGAACGAUAUUAUUUGCUGAACCUUGCACUACGCAUGAAAGCAAGUAAACGAUGUAUGUGUGUGUGAGGGAGAGAGACAAAGAAAUAAAGAAAAAGAGCGAAAGAUAAAGAAAGAGAGACAGAGAGAGAGUGAAGCAUAUGAGUAAAGAAUAUAAAACAAACAGACGGAGGAAAAAAAAAACACUUUCAGUUUACUGCUUCAGUACAGCGCUGUACGAUUGCGUUUCGGAAAAAAAACAGUAGCAAAAAGAAAAACAAACCCAAAAUUAUUGUCUUUGGAAGCUUAUUCACAACUUAUUCUACUUCUUAAAAAAUGGAAUCCUGUUUUUAGAAAUAGGUAAGGGGCAGGCUCCCAUCAACAGGCUUGCCACCAUUUCGAAAAACAAAAAUGAAAAACUCAAACUACUUAAAAUUACUACUUAUUUAGAUGCUAUCAAUGAAAACUACUAAAAAGAAAUGAAAAAAUGGGGGCGUAAGAACAGCUGUGGGCAUAGAAAGGCGUAGAAUUAUGUGUAAAUUUCAAGCAAAAUUCACCAUCUUUGGAUUAAUCUAAAUCUUAGUUUCGCGUGUGUAUGUUUGAAAAACCUUCAAAGUAAAUUCGUUCAUCCCACCGGUGUGUUAUGUGGCAGAAGCAACAACAAAAAAACCUAACCAACGGUACACAUGAACGGAUACGCUUUGAAGCGAAUGUAAAAUAAUUUUGGCAUAAAAAAUGAAAAAAAAAACCCUUUUUGGUAGCAAAACACACAUACACUCCCCAGCACAACUACUUCUAGCUACAAAACCCAAAUGGAAUGUACUAAGGAUGCAAAAAACAAGAACAAAACCAACAAAAAUCAUUAAAAACACUAUCGAAAGACACAGGAGGAAGAAGUGAAUAAAACUAAUGAAGAGAAAUGACAGAAGUGAAGAGAGAGAAAGAUAGAGGCA